ACUGUUACAGGAAGCAACUGCAAAGAAGCAGUCUAUCUAAGUCACGUGAUCGUAACAUAGUGUGCUGAAGACAUGGCGGACAAAGAGGAGACUGAGAGAACCAUCGCCGAAGACAUCGUUGUCACCAAGUAUAAAAUGGCCGGUGACAUCGUAAAUCGGGUAUUAAAACAAGUUUUAGAUAAGUGCGUUGCUGGAGCAUCAGUAAGAGAAAUUUGUGAGAUUGGAGAUGAACUGAUAUUGGAUGAGACCAAUAAGGUCUUUAAAAAGGAAAAAGAGCUGAAGAAGGGAAUUGCUUUUCCUACAUGCAUAUCGGUGAAUAAUUGCAUAUGUCAUUUUUCACCAAUUGCAAGUGAACCAGAUCUCAUACUCAAAGACGAGGAUAUGGUAAAAGUAGAUCUUGGAGCACAUGUUGAUGGCUUUAUAGCAGUUGUGGCACAUACUAUUGUUAUAGGUUCUUCAUCACAAAAAAAAGUUACUGGUAGAAAAGCAGAUGUAGUGUUAGCUGCACACUAUGCAUCGCAAGCUGCAUUGAGGCUUUUACAGCCAGGUACAGAGACAUACACGAUAACAGAGACAGUAGAAAAAAUUUGCGACGUAUACAAGUGUAAACCAAUUGAAGGAAUGUUAAGUCACCAAUUGAAACAGUUUAAGAUAGAUGGAGAAAAAACUAUUAUUCAAAAUCCAAAUGAUGCACAGAAGAAAGAGCAUGAAAAAUACACUCUUGAAGCUUAUGAGGUAUAUGCAAUGGAUGUGCUGGUUAGUACUGGUGAAGGAGUGGGCCGAGAACAGGACACCCGAGUUACUAUAUUUAAAAAAACAGAGGAAACAUAUCAACUGAAAUUGAAAGCGUCUCGCAUGUUUUACUCUGAAGUCACUCAUAAACACGGCCUUAUGCCGUUCAAUUUACGUACUUUCGAGGACGAGAAGAAGGCAAAAAUGGCAGUUGUAGAAUGUGUAAAUCAUAGGUUGAUUGAACCAUUCCAAGUGCUAUAUGAAAAACCAAAUGAAUUUGCUGCACAAUUCAAAUUCACAGUACUAGUAAUGCACAAUCGGCAACACAAGAUUACAGGAAUUCCUUUAGACCUUGACAUUUAUCAAUCAGAAUAUGCUGUUAAAGAUCCUGAAUUGAAGACCCUUUUGUACACCUCGGUAAACCCGAGAACUGCAAAGAGAAUGAGGAAGAAGGCAGAGAAAGCUGCAGGUGAAGUGGCGAUGGAAGUUGAUGCCAAGGCCUAACACAACCGUUUUAGCGUUCUUCAUGACGUAUUAACAUCGUGCACUUUGUGUUAUCUUUUGUUAAGCAGCUUCAGAGCAGAAAUUAGACACUUUUUAACGUCACUAUACCUCAAAUAUUUGUCUUUUUGUUGAGACGACAUUGAUAAAUCGUGAUUCUUCAUAUCGUUAUACCUUUCCCAUUUUUAUAUUGCUGUUUGUUUAAUUAAAUAACUGUAUCUAUUUAAAUCCAGGAAUUUCCAUGAUAAAAAAGUGUUGUAUUCUGCCCUGGACAAAUCGAACUUCACGACACUUAUUAUGCCACACUUACGUUUUUAUACCGGACUAUUUUUUCAUGGACCAUGGUAUUAUUAUACAUAAAACAAUGAUUAUUCAUAAGACAUUUUACAACUGAUAUAUUACAUCUCGAACAUGUGAAAUUUAUUUUUCAAAUAAUGGUCGAAAUAUAAUGACUGUAUUGUGCGACUCAAUUCGGCCGAGCCAGAAAGUGAACCGCAUGUGCAUUCAUAUGUUUCUUUCAUAAAAGAAACGAAUAAAAUGCGAAUUUGAUUUUAUAAAUGUUUUUGGGUUAUCGAAGAAAACUAUCUCAUGUUGAUUAAUGUCUCUUUCAUUACGUGAACGAAAAGAUACUUGAAAAGAAUCACAGUUAAUACGUUCUGCAGUUUCUGAAUGCACUGCCCAGCGUGACACAACUUACUUUGACACUAAUGCUAGUUUUGCACUAGCUGAUUUUGUGCAUCUCGUGUCUAGCGAAUUAAUAAUUCAUACUAUAAAAAGAAAACACCUAAUUUCGAAUUGUACAAUUGAAAUGAGAAUGUCCAUAUUGGAAUUCCGUAUAAACGAUGAAAUGCCAAUGAACCUCGAAGUGUUUCGUUGUAAGAAUUCCCCAACCGUCAAAAAAUAUUUUAUUCUUAUUCAGUUUAACUUGAUGAAAAUUUUACUGACAAUGAAUAUUUAAAGUAAAUAUUACUCAAAUGAUCAUAGGAGCAUUUUGUGUUAUUCACAUUCAAAUGGAAAAAGAAGGACGUCUUUCUAAGAACGAAAGAUUCUUAGCUAGUGACUAAUCGUCUUAUCGAGGUAAAAAAGCGAAAAUUAUGAAAUAUUGAUACAAUGUAAUGAUAGUUUUGUAUAAGGAAGAUAGAUAAUGUAUUUGUUCUAGAUAUUUUUUCUACUCAAAUUGUGCAUAUGUCGAAUGUUACCGAGUGUGCUUGUAAAACAAAAGAUGUUUUGGGUUAUCGUGCACUGUCCUUCAUUUGCUCUAAUCGGAGCAUAUGUCAUCCAUUCGAUUUGGAAUUAUACUUUCAAUAAAAGUAUUUACCAAAUAUGGAAAGAUUGGAUCCGUAGUAUUUUUCGUUCGUUACGGAUAAAUCAUCAAUAAAUGCUUAUAAUGCAAAAAAGGACUGUGCACAAAAUUCAUACUUAACAUAAAAUUUAAUACGAUGACGAGAGAAAUUGUUAUUAAAAAGAUAUUAAUGACAAGCUAGCAAGUAUAGAUUUUGACACGUGCAUAUUUCGCGAGUCAUUAAACUGCUCCUUUUUUUCUCUUUCAAAAUAGUCGUACUAAUGUAUUGAUCUGUAAGAUACUGUCUAUUUCUGAAGAGACACACGAAAUUUAUCAACAAAAAAGUUAACGACCGAAAAAGAUAGAAUUUUACGGAUUAUAUAACUCACUAAUUUUUCUAUGAUAUAUAAUCUCUGAUGAAAGUGAAAAACGAAACAUCAGAAAUAUAGAAUCAUAUUUGCAA